AAGGAGAGUGUGAAACGUUACCACAAGCCAAAUGUCAACGAUUGUUACAGUACAGAAAUUAAAACAUUGCAUGUAUAUAUAUAUAUUUAUAUAUACAGUAUAUCAGUAUCGCACGAAAGGAUUUUCUCGACUCCAUGUCAUGUGACCUUUUCUGACCUGAGAUAUGAAAGCUGUGGAGAAAUUUGCAUUCACCUGUUGUUUAUUUCAAGCUGUUUUUUGCAGAGAAUUCUACAUCAAUCUACCAGAAAGUAUAGAAGCUGUGAGAGGACUCUGUGUUCGUAUACCCUGUAGUUUUGAUUUUAAAGAACAAUAUGAUGAAGAACUGCAAAACAAUCCUAGAGGAGUCUGGUAUAAAGGUGACAGUUUGGCAAAACACAAAGUCUUUUCUUCCAAAACUCCCGAAGACAACAAGAUUGAUGGCAAAAUAAUAGGAGACCUCCACAGGAAGAACUGCACCACCAUCUUCUACAACAUCAGUGAGAGUGACAGUGGAGAAUAUUACUUUAGAUUAGUGUCUGGAAAUCUGAAAUAUAUUUAUCCUUCUUCUCUUUAUUUAAAUGUCAGAGCUUCUCCAAUCACACCCUCAAUAACACUGUAUAAGGAGGAUCAGGGGAAGGUGGAGGACCAAAAUGAGGUGCUGGAGGGAACUUUAGUGAGUCUCAUUUGCUCUGCUCCAGCUCCUCCAUGUCUCUUAAAGCCACCCACUUUUACAUGGAACUUCCUGCCUGAAGAGAGAAGACAGGAGCAGAACCACAACACCAGCUUCAGCUCCUCUCAGCUGAACUUCACCGCUACUCACCUUCAUCAUGGACUCACUGUCACCUGCACUGCCACCUACCAGCUCCAGAACAGGAACAAAUCAGCACAGAGAUCUUUUAUACUACAUGUUCUGUAUGGUCCUAGAAACACGUCAGUAUCGGCGUCUCCAUCUGCUUCAGUGCUUUUGGGCAGUUCAGUGUCUCUGAGAUGCAGCAGUGAUGCAAACCCAGCAGUGCUGAACUACACCUGGUACAGAGAGAACGGAGAGCAGAUAGGAACCGGAAACCAUCUCACCAUCAACACCACUGAUUCUACACACAGUGGUCUAUACUACUGUAGAGCUCAAAACCAGCACGGAGAUCACACCUCAUCUGUCCUCCUGGAUGUUCAGUAAUUUAAUGAUGAUGGCACCAAAAGAUAUUCAUGAACAUCCCUGUGCACACACGUCACCUUCAACAAACAUGCAUUUCCCAAUGCCUCCCCUUGAACCAAGCAUUGGUGAAUUGAGGUUUGGUUACAGCCUGAAUCCACCAAUGUGUGGUAUGUACCUCCUUGGACACUCACUCACCGUGUGUGGUACGUCCCAGCCUGAUCGGAAGUGGCUUGCGGCAUGUCAGGGAUCUGGACCAAGACCCCUCUGCCAGCUAGACCACCUCAUCGAGUGAUGCCGGUCGGUGGUGCUGGACCCACACCAUCGGCCCUUCUGGUAGUCGGAAGUCGGAAGUCCACCUACUUUGCAUUGUCUUUUGGAUUGUGCUUGUUGGUAUUGAACCUGGAACAAUUUUGAACAUUUGAUUGUGAUUGUGAUUGUGAUUCAGUUUGCAAUAAAAACUCAGAUUUUUGAAAGGCUUGAUUUGGUGUGAAAGUGAAAACUAAAAUGUAAAAAUACAUGAAAAAUCAAUAAUUUUAAGAAAAUUUACUUAAAAAAGUAAAUAAGAAAAAUCUUAUUUACUUAUAAAAAUUUAUAUAGUUGUGCUCCUAAAUAUACACACCC